AUGUGGCUGUCGCGAGCGCGAACUGCUCAGGCUAUACUCGGACCUGAAAUCGAAAAGCGUACCCGGCUUCUGCUAUGCGAAGAACAAAAAAACGAAACAGGAACUGUCUUGUCUUCCUGUACAAAUUUCACCUCUUCUCCGCAGGAUUCCGAGGACCAGCAGAGGAAUUCUGCUGCAGCAUCACAGGCGAUUUCACAAGCCCAGGCCGGUGCCGCGUUUUGUAGCGCUUUCGCAUCGGGACUGAGUGCGACCCAGUUCGACGCGACAAGUCGUGGCAGUGGCGACGCACAGAACAGGCAGAUGAAGUCGGCCUCAUCUUCCUCGUCCAGCUUUGACUUGUACAAGGCGAAACUUCUGCAGACUUGCGAGCCAAGCGUGGCGUUAUUGAUACGGACAUUGCGAGGACGGUCUUGCUAA